AUGGAUAUUGUUGACAGGCAAAUAAUCGACACAUUACUUCGGCUUGAUCCAAAUUUUUUCGAUGGUUUUUCACAAAUUCCAAGCAGUGUCGCAGAUUUCCAUACGGAAACUUUUUAUCAAGCCAUUGUGCUGUUGAUAUGGUCAUGUAAACGUAAUAUCAAAUUAGAUGUUCCAUCAAGACUAUUCCCACAAAGUAUGUCAGUGAAGUUCCGAUGUGCGGCAAAUGUUGCUGAUGCUGUAAAGAGCAUUGGAGUGCGUGAUCCAUUUGAUUACCAGAUGCUGCUUUAUGGACGAAGUAAAGAGUUACGUAACGUUCUUAUUGGUCUAAUCGAGAAAUUACCCAGAGAUUCAGCUGUUAUCACUGUUGUCGAAGGUAUUUCGGAACAUUAUUUCUUGCCUUGGAACAGUUCAGCGAGUCAGGCAACAAGGUUUGAUUUCAUGGGCUGCUGUGGUGACGUAAUGACUGCACUAAAUUGCAAUGACUGGCGGUACAAUCAAAGUGCAUUUAUAUGUUCUCUAUUAGAACAUAAUGCCGUCGGUAACAGUCAGGCACAAACUUGUCAGUCCAUUAAAAAUGAAACUUUAGACGCUUCGCAGACUAAAUAUUCUACUAUCAAUAAGUUACUUGAAUCACGGAUCAGAUGUAAGCCAUCUCUGUUUCCAAAACCUCGUAAAGAGGUACAAAUGAAAGUCAAGAUUCCAAAAGAAGAAAUCAACAAUGAAAAACUAAAUAAGCUAAUCAAUGAAGUUAUAUCUUUGGCAGCUUCUGUCAAUCGUAAAAAGAUGUCUGAAAUUAAAUUAAGAAGUGAAGAAGCAGAACGAUCAUUUACUUUGAAUUGCAAAAAAUGUAAAGAAAGUGAAGUUGAUGGUCGACUUAAAAAAUUGCUGGAAGACUCAAAUGCUGUUUUAAAGCUGAAGAAUUAUAUUGAAGAAAGUGAUGAGAGGAUGCACCAUUUGCAAAAUGUAUGGUUUAGAGCGAAAGCUGAAAAAGAUGAGGAGGUGAACACUAAGCGACUGGCUGUGUCAUCAUCGACAAAUCAAAUCGUAGCAAAGGAAGAAAAGCAAAUUGAUCGAAGCAUUUAUACAAAGCAUAUAUUCGAUAUGGUUAGUAACAUCAGAAAACAACAAGAUGAAAUUAAUAAAAUUGCUGUUGAAAACUUUCAUCUUCAAAAAGAAAUCAAGUCAAUCGCUGGGAAAUUAGAGCGUUGUUUUACUGUAGUUGAAACGAAAUUAUACAAAGAUGUUGAGAGGGAUGCAUCUUUACAAAAAGCGUAUAGAUUGUUGAUGAAAAUUCACGGUAAAUGUGCUUGGAUUAUCUCUAGCAUCGAUUCUUCUGGAUUAUUAGAGUGGAAAAUUGAAGAACUGAAUGAUCAGAUUGCAAUGCAGCAACAAAAAAAAAUUGAUGAAAAAUUGGAACGGAUCUUGAUUGACUGGAUGGGAAUAAAAGAAGAAAAUAUGGUCUUGACAAAACUACUAAACGAAAAUAAUUAA